AAGAGAACAGCAAGCAACCAAGAUCUAAGGAUAUUUUUUAUUUCGUAGGGCACUUUCUACUCGUGUAAUUGCUGGUAUCUGGUGGUUUUUUACAUUAAUCAUGAUAUCGUCUUAUACUGCUAAUUUGGCAGCAUUUUUAACUGCAGAACGUAUGAAAUCUCCUAUUGAAAGUGCAGAAGAUUUAGCAAAUCAGGGAAAAAUUAAGUAUGGCUGUGUAGAAUCUGGAUCUACACGUUCCUUUUUUAAAGAGUCCAAAGUUUCUGCGUAUAAAAAAAUGUAUACGUUUAUGGAAGCAAAUCCUAGCGUGUAUACAUCUUCAUCAGAAAAAGGAAUGGAAAGAGUUUUAGAAGGUGAUUACGCCUUUUUAAUGGAAUCUGUUACCAUUGAAUAUUUAGUAGAAAGAAAUUGUGAAUUGACUCGAAUUGGCGGAUUGUUGGAUUCUAAAGGUUACGGAAUUGCAUUGCCUGCAGGUUCCCCAUACAGGUCAUUAAUUUCCAGCGGAAUUUUAAGGUUGCAAGAAACUGGUGUAUUACACGAAUUAAAAGAGAAAUGGUGGAAGAAAAAAGGAGGUGAUCUAUGUGUUGCCGAUGAAAAAAAGACUAGUAUUCUAACUAAUGAGCUAGGACUCGCCAAUGUCGGAGGUGUAUUUGUGGUGUUAUUAGCAGGAUUAGGAAUGGCGUGUGUCAUCGUUGUUAUAGAAUUUAUUGCUCACACUAGAAAAAAACCGCGUGAAGAAAGAAAAUUUUUACCAUAUGAAAUGGUGCAAGAAAUAAGACAACUGAUAACAAAUCAGGGAACAACUCGACCUAUAAGAUGGAAGUAUAUGGAUAAACAUAUAGUGUGGAGUGAUUCCGAUGCAACAUCUGUAUCAACAAAUUACGAUUUUCCAAACGAAAUACGUCAAAGCUAUAGAAAUUGAUUAAUAAUGGCGUAUCAAUGUCACUGUGUCAAUUAAAAAAGAAUUUUAAUAAUAUUUAACGUAUCUUUUAAAUCCAAAGGAGGUUAUUUUAAACCUCAGAUAUCAAUGUGUCGAAAAUUGAAUGCUGUAAAAAAGAAUAUAAGAAAUACAAUAAUCACUUUCGGGAAGGAAGGGAGAUUGAUUUGAAAAGAAAAUUUUAUUGAGCAUUCCAAAAAAUAAACAUUUUGAUAAAUAUUGACAAUUUGGAAGUGAUUUUUUGAUGGACGUAAACAAAUAUGAAUUUUUCAAACAAAUUAUAUUAUAGACAGGUAUAUGCAGUAUACGUUUAUAAUAUAAAAUUCUAGAUUUUUUAAGUAAUAAUUUGUUAUUUAUUACAUAUUUAUAUAAAACGAUAUAAUUAGAAAUACGAAAUUAUCGUGUGAUAAUUUUAUUAUCAUUAUCAUCUUACCAAAGAAAAAUAAUUGGUUAUUUUCAGCAGUUAUCCAAUAAAUCAACAGGGAAUCAUUAAAAAUUAUACUCGUGAGAACAGUUGCUUUUUAAAAUUUGCAAUACCAUAGAAAAGAUGUUUUAUCCAAUUUAAAAACAGAAAUAAAUUCAGA